CCUGCGCCACACCCAUCUCUCUCUCUCUCUCUCUCUCUCUCUCUCCUUCCCCUUCCCCUUCUCCUUCUCCUUCUUUCUUUUACUUUUAAUUUUUAAUUAUUUGUUUUACAAAACCUUCUGCCUAUAAAACCCACCAGAUAUAUAAUCAAUCACUCCUACCCUCGCACAGGCCCCAACUGGUGUUUCCGUUUCCUUUUUCCUUUUUCCUUUUUCCUUUCUCCAUUAUUGAUUCAUCGACCUCUCGAUUUCAUCUCCUCUCUCAGGAAAACGAAAAAGUAGAGAUGCGUAAAUUGAAAGGGUUAUUGGGGAUCCUGCUGAUGGUUAUUAUUCUGUUUGAAACGACGGCGUAUGGGGCUACAGAGCCACCGCAGAAGAAGCCGCGGCCGCGCACUCACACCAACGCUUACGCCACCAUGAUGUACAUGGGAACUCCGAGGGACUACGAGUUCUACGUCGCGACACGUGUCUUGAUCAGAUCCCUUGCACGUCUCCGCGCGAACGCCGAUCUCGUCGUCAUUGCCUCCCUCGACGUCCCUCUCCGUUGGGUCCGCGCCAUGGAGCAGGAAGAUGGAGCGAAGGUGGUGAGAGUUGAGAACCUUAAUAAUCCAUAUGAGAAUCAGAUUUAUUUUGAUAAAAGAUUCAAGCUGACACUGAAUAAACUCUAUGCAUGGACCCUAGUGGAAUAUGACAGGGUGGUUAUGCUAGAUGCUGAUAAUCUUUUCCUCCAAAAAACAGACGAGUUGUUCCAAUGUGGACAAUUCUGUGCAGUUUUCAUCAACCCUUGCAUCUUCCAUACAGGUCUCUUCGUCCUGCAGCCAUCAAUGGAAGUAUUCAAGGACAUGCGUCAUGAAUUAGAAAUUGGGAGAAAAAACCCCGAUGGUGCAGACCAGGGAUUUAUCACUGGCUACUUCCCAGAUUUGCUUGAUCGGCCAUUGUUCCGUCCAACCUUGAAUGGCACCAAGCUUGAUGGGCAGUACAGACUUCCCUUGGGGUAUCAAAUGGAUGCCACCUAUUAUUAUCUGAGGCUGCACUGGAACGUCCCCUGUGGACCCAAUAGCGUGAUUACCUUCCCGGGUGCACUUUGGCUGAAGCCAUGGUAUUGGUGGUCAUGGCCAGUCCUGCCAUUAGGCAUUUCAUGGCAUGAACAACGCCUACAAACUCUUGGGUAA